AUGGAGUCGUUGACUCUAGACCGUGCCGUUGUGCCCCUUGCUGUCGCCCCAACUGGCCGCUUCUAUAAAUCCCGCAAGUCGCGGCCCUGUGAUGCUUGCCGCCGGCGUAAAAUCGCCUGUGACAUGCCUGCCGGGCCGCCCUGCCAUCGUUGUCUGUGCAAGACGCAGUCGUGCACCUUUGAACACGGCCCCGGCCAGCGAAAACGGCCAACUCACGUCCGGCCAGCAGCUACGACAGUUCAGUCUCCGUUCCCAUCUGCCAAUCACAGGUCAGCUGUUACCAUUGCCCCUUCUUUCAUGUCCUCCUUGCCAUCAGACCGGAAACUGACACCAGCCAUGUGCAGCGAUAUCUGGUUGGACGAUCCGACCUUCUUUUCUGGGCAGCUCGGAGGAGCCCUGGACUUGCCCGGCUCUUAUGCAGACCCACCUGUCGGCCAUCACAACGUCCUCGGGCCUGCACAUGCUGCUCCCGGCCUAGACACGGCUUCCCAGCCGUCUGAGGAGCCCUCUGCCUCCGAAGGAUCGCUCGAGUUUCUGCCCGGCGCCUUCAGCUUCUAUGUCGGUCCUACAGGUGUUGCCGACGUGCACCUUCUCAACCGCGGUCCGUUUGGCCCGGGCGGUCUCGCACGUCCCGGCCUCCAGCCAAUCUUCGGACUGACGGACCACGCGCUGUUGGACAGAGCCGAGCCCAAGCCGGAAGCCGAGGCCACAGAGAGCGCAUGGAUGGCGCUGUGGAAUAUCCUGGACCCGCCCUCGGCCUGGAGCCUCAUCCAGUUAUACACACGCUUUGUCGACCCGUACUUCCCCAUCUUAUCGCGCCACCGGAUGCCGCCAGGCCCGGAUACGCUCAGUAACAUGCCCCUGGCGCUGCUGACGGCCGUGUGUGCCACCGCGCUGCCGCUUGUCGUGUAUGACCGCUCGUUGCUUGCACUGCUGCUGCGGCCACCGUCCAGCGAGCAGCUGUAUCGGCUGUGCUGGAUGAGAAUCGAGCAGGAGCUUCACGCACCGUCACUCGGCACGCUGCAAGCCUGCCUGCUACUGCAGCAACGCCUUCCCACCAACCUGUACCUGAACGACACGGCCUUUACGUGGUCACUGAUGGCUACGGCCGUGUCGGUUAAAAAGGGCCGCACAGCGCGUGAACAGCUGUAUGCCUGGCGGGACCACCUGCCGGCUUCGCUGUGGUUUCGCCCGCGGCAGCAGGCCUGGCCACAGGCGCAAGUGACAAUUCGCAGCACGCCUGCUGACGGAGCCAUAAACAGCUUCGAAGGACGCUCUGCGUCUGGCGACGGCCGAGACCUGGACGGCUUAGAGGGUAGAAACCACAAUAGCCGUGGACAGUCUGGCGGCUUUUCUCGGGUCGACAACAGCCAGCGGCUGGAUGGAAACGCCUCGCUGUACCUGUCGUACAUUGUGACGUACAUGACACUAUUCCGCGCCAUGCUGCAGCCGCUAAAUAGAGUUGAAGAUGCAGAUGCAGAGAGUCGUUCCAAAAACCAGUCUCAGGACCACCAAGAGCCCAGCACGCAGACUGUAAUGCACGGGGCCCUGCAGUGCGUGCGUGAGUUUGUCGAGUUUGUCGAAACCCUGACGCCGACGCAGUGGAACGCCUUCUGGCACGGCUGGAGCCGAGCUAACUUUUCCAUGGCCGGAUCAUUCACAACUCUGCCCGGCCCAGACGUUGCUGGAACAGUAGAUUCGACAGGUUCUGCAGAGGCUAUGGAAAACGCCGGUCGGCAAAGAACGAGCGCAAGGACCAAAGGCAGUAUUGGUUCCGCUGCCAAGAUGGAUGUCACAACGACAGCACGCCCCGGCUUCGAGGCUGAAUACUCCCAGCUGCUGGGCUGGGUCAAACGUUGGCGAUGGGCAUCCCGUGUGUCGGCCAACGGAGCAGGUGCAAAAGGACUGCCCAAUCUGGGACUGCUGCGCGUAGAGCCAUUUCUCGGCCAGUUUGGAGAGCUCGAGGAGAUAAUAUGA